AUGGGUCGUUUAGGAACCGCUGGCGCCGUCAGCUCCAUCGUUGCGAGCAUGGUUGGUGCAGGUAUUCUGGCCUUGCCACAAGCUGUUGCGAAGUCAGGUUUGCUCUCAGGCAUCAUCGUCUCGCUGUUGCUUGGGUUUGUGUUGUUUACGGUGUCUGGUCUGGCGCUGGCGCGUGCCUGCGAAUUGUGUGAAGAAUUGGAUGAAUUGGAGCAGCGUAGUGCUGGACAGGGAACAAGCAAUAUCGAGACUGGAGGAGCAGGAGGUUCUUCUGCCAGACAUCAAGGUGAUAGAAGUAAGCGUGUAUUGGUGAGGCGUGAGACUUUUCAUGGUACUAGCAAUUCUCUCUUUCCGACGUUGGAUGGUCCUGCCAGUGGGGGUGCGGCGCAGCAACAAGCAGAAGAUCUUACCGUCGUCGAUCAUGGCGAAGCAGGUGGCAACACGAGUGACGUCGACCUAGCAGAGCCCCGUUCUCCUCGUUGCGUCGUCACGGGUGGUCAACCGGUCUUAGACGGUUUGGGCUCGAGUGAACCGGUUGUGGAGUUGCGGUCCACAGUCGUCGAGGAGGAGCAUGAGUCUUCGACAGGAAAGGUUCGCAGAAGCAGCAUUGUCUCCAUGUCAAGAAGGAAGAUCUACCUGUACGGUGAUGUCGCGGAAAAAGCCUUCUUUGGAAAAAAAUGGGUCCGACACACUUUUGCCGCUUUGGGCAGUGUCAACUUGAUGUUUGCUUGCUCGAUCUUCUUGCUGUUGAUGGGAGAUGCGGUGCAACAGUUUAUGGCAGGCGCUCGACUCUUCGGAGGAAACUAUGACGUUUACACCAAGGGUCCAAGCAAAAGUGUGUGGCUAGAAGCUAUUGUUUUUACGGGGUUGAUGAUGGCUUUGGUUCAAUUACCCGAUGUCGGAGCCAUCGCACGUAUCUCGUUCUUGGGUACUGGAGCUGCGAUGAGCAUGUGCAUUCUCUUUGUCCUAGCACCGAUCAUUCUGCAUGCUGGCUCGAAAAACGGUCUACCGGUUCCGUACGUCGCGAGUUUGACGCCGUACCACACAGGCGCGCAUUUGCCGGCUGGAAAUGGGCAUGAACUUGCGCAAGCGGUUGCUUCCGGCAAAGGUCAUGCGGAAUUGCAGAAAGUCCCAGGGUUGAAAGAGCAAGUUUUGAACCAGAAACAAAUGGAAACUUUGAACCUGCUAGAAACGGGUUCGGACGAAGCGUUGUGGUCUAGUCCCACUGUUGCCCACUGGAGCUCGUCCUCCGGAAAACAAGGUGCCGAGCUACUCAACACAAACGGAGUGCCAAGUCUCUUCGUUCUGGAAAAGAUUCCACAUUGGCACGACACCAUCAAGGCUAUUCUAGAUUCGUUUUCGACUUGCGGUUUUGGGUUCGGUUUCGCAGCCAUCGUUCCGAUCGUACGUGCCGACAUGGGCGAACCCGGACGCAUCUCCCGUGUCAUCGUGAUUGCGGUUUCCAUGACCAUGAUCAUGUACGUUCUGGUUAUUAUCACCGGGUUGUUGGGUAUUGGCCAGAAAAACGUCCUGGCAUAUGGCACGAUCACAGCUGCAUUUCGCGGUGUGGAGACUAUGGUGCGGGUGAAAGGGUACGAUGGCCAAUUGGACGCGGCACAGAUCGAGCAGAACAUUCAACAAUUGAAGACUCAAUAUGGCGCCGAAACUGUCCUGGAUGCGCAACCAAGGUUUUUCGUCCUCCCUGUUGGAGCGAAUGCGAAUGCGAAUUCUCCGCCACAAAUCCGCACCUACAUUUUUCUUCUCCUCAAGAACCAGGCUUAUUUUUUGCGGGACGGAAAAAUCGGGAAGGCGAGUAUCAUGGUUUUCAUUCUGGUCAUUCUCUUGGCGAUGAAGUUGAUCAUUUCGUAUCCGUUGACCCUCUGGCCGGUGAUCCAGGAUUUCGAAGCAGGCUUAGCCGGUUCCACAUGCAUGCGUCGUUGUGUGCGUCGUCAGCCUCGUGACGGGCCUGGAAGUUUCAUGAGUACCCACAGCGGAACGGAGGCAGAAGAGCAAACGCCAUUGUUUUCUGGAGAAAAUGCUGAUCUUGUCGGGAGUAGAACUUCCUCGAGACUUUCGGUUUCGACUAAUUCCGCAACCACUUGGUCGGCGCCUUCGAAAAAGAAACUGAUUUGCGCAGCCUCGGUCGUGACGAGAGUCAUCGCCGUCGCAGUGACAUUCUUGCUUGCUGCAGUAUUUGGCUGUCAACCUUGUAAGUUGGACGCCGUUAUGGGUUUGGCGGCUUCUGUUCCAGGAAUUUUGGCUUUCGUCAUUUUUCCGUUAGUAGCCUACCAGUUGCUGAGUCACCAAAUGCGACAGAAGAAGAACAUGUCGCUGAGUGGGAAAGACGUUGCAGAAAUGUGCCUACAUGGGUUUUUGUGUCUGGUGAGCGUCACUCUUUUGAUCUAUACCUGCAUCGUGACACCUGGACGCAUUUAUGAAGUCUUCUCACAAAAAUAGCGAAAUGAAAGUCAGCAUGGACAAGUAGGUAGGUAAGCCUCAAAGAGAUGCAAUGAAAGAACGUGGUCGAGUGUGGCCACCAAGAAUUAACCUGGAAUUUAGAAAUUGAAGCAGUAUUUGAUUACAGUUUGAUACGGUAGAAUUAAAAUGAAAUCAAGUAAAAGAGGUAAAUGGAAAUCGCUCAUUCUGUAAGUGGAAGAAUCUCGAAAGUAACGAAAACCGAUAAUUGAUGAUAAGAUAAACAUAGCGUUACAACCAACAGGGUUGUUUAUUUGAGGUGAAAAAAACUCCAGGAAGUCGAUUUGGAUUUCGUAGGAGGAUGCUUGCAGUAGGAAAGCAGAAGUAAGUAAAAUUGUUUUUUGAAAACUACACAUAAGGAUCAAUACUGAAGAUAAUUAGUGAUAAAGUCUAGCUUGGCUAGCAGCGAAUAUGGUGGAUACUAGGUUGAACUUGAUGUAAGACGUUAUUGAUGCAUAGAGUGAAGAAAGUCAUGGGGGAAAUAAAGAUGGAUGGCAGAAAUGAACAUUUUCCUUGGACUCAAAGCAUGAUGCUGCAUCGCACAGAAGCGAGCCACUCAUUAACACUACGUCUUGCCAGGCACAUCAAACAAAGAAAUCAAAGUACCAAGUCGAGCAAGCGUAGGAUACAUGCUUGGUGGAUCAACAAUUUAAUGCACAGAGAGACGAA